AUGAACGAGUUUGGCGGCGGUUUGGCGCGUUUCCGCGACGCCGAACACCAACGGACCAUCAAUAAUUGUCGCGAGAUCGUCGAGGUGCCCGGCGGACCCGAAUGGCGUAUUCGGCGCCUUCAAGAGUUCUAUUCUGAGUAUUGCUGGAAAUACGCCGGGUGUAGCGUCAUCGCAAAUUAUCAAUUUAAUCGAUUGAAGAACCAACGCGACGAUGACGUGGAUUUCCAUCGAAAAUUAUUCUACGCCAAAGUUUCGCAUUUUAUGUCGCCCGUCGAAAUUUCGCUACAACCAAAAUACUUGAGUUCGGCUCGAAAACGAAUAAUGCUUCUGAUGAAUGAGUACUACAGAAGGAAUCCGGACGAGACGAUGAGCAAAGAUCAGGUGUUCCCGCAAGCGGCGUGCGCCGUCGAGGAGCGCGGCGUUUGGCAUCGCGGCCUCAUUGUGCAAGUCUCCGGCUCGUCACACAUCGUCGUUGAAUUGAUCGACAUCGGCACCGAGAUACUCGUGAGUCGCGAUCGACUCAAACCGCUUCGUCGCGAGUUUGGCCGCGCGCCGCCGCUAUGCCUGAAAUGUCGAGUCGACGGAAUCACAAUAAAUGAUCUCGAGACGAAAGAUUUGAUCGAAUUCAAGAAUAUCGUCGAAUCGUGCAACGCGUUGUUUCGCGUCCAACUCAAAUCCGUCGACGAGCCAUUUUUGAUUGACAUUUUCCAUCCGACAAUUUCGCACUUGAACGUUUGCCAACGAUUUUUGGCGCCGCCUGAGGAUUUGGGAAAACUUGAACGAUUGCAGAGAAGCUGGAUAGCGCAUAUCAAUAAAAUGGAAAAUUAUGUGGAAGACGACGAGGAUGACUAUUGGAAUCAUAAAUGGGCGAAAUCGAACGAAUCUGGCGAUAAUGAAAUUUUGACAAAAAUUGAGUAUAUUCAACGAUUGGACAAAUGCCAACGAGCGCCGCGCUACGAGACCGACGAGCUCGUCGUUGCCCACAUCGAGAACGCCCAAUUGAUCUACCUACAGUACACGUGGCAAGUCGAGAAGCGAAAGAGAAUUGUGAAUUUGCUGAAAGAGCGGUGGAAACAAUUGCAUCGGCUGCCCGACGCGCUGUUCGCGAUCGACCAGUGCUGCGCGAUUCGGCUGCACUCGGGCCAAUUUCGACGAUGCGUCAUCACCGACGUCGGCGAACGCGCGUUCGAAUGCCUAUUGAUCGAUUUCGGUGUGCACGUCGAGCUCGACAUUGCCCGCAAACGCGAUUUGCGGUUGUUGCCCAACGAGACGCUGCUCAAUGAGGAGCCAAUGGUGACGAUCGUUUCGCUCGCCGGCGCUCAUCUCUCAAUUCUGCCGCAUCACUCGGAGACGUUGGCUCUUCGCCAAUUGCUCAAAAUUGGCGCGCGCGUCAAUUUCCAUUGGGACAAAAAAUCGAAAAUGACGCCAAUGCGCGGCCUCAUUUUUUCGACGCCAUCCGCCAAGAAUAUUCGAGCGAUGUUGACGAAGCGUUUGUCGGAAUCGCGCCAAAAUUUGAAAUGUCGCGAAUUGACGCCCUACACCCGCCACCAACACCACCAAUCACACCAAAUCAACUCGAGAUUCGUCUAUCGCGACCACUGCCAUCAUCAUUAUUCGAAAGGAAGCGCCCAAUUCAUAACGCUGUAA